AGCUUGACUCAGGAUCCGUUGCCAUGGUGAACGCGCCACGACGCGCGAGACUCCCCUGCUCGAGCCGUUUGCUCAGUGCUGCGCGAGCGCAGUCAGGAUUUCUCUCGGAUUCUCUCACGCGCGCUGGUUUUAACGGCAGUUUUACAGAUUUCUUUUACAAAUCUCAGUGGAUUGUUAUUUUUUUUUUUCUUCUUAAAUCGCUAGUUUUGCCCAAGAUACUGAAUAACCGAUAUCCACUCUCCUUAUUUUGGAAAUUUGUGAAAGAAUUUGGUUCAGAAUGCCACCAGCUCUCGACAAGACUUUAGAGAAAGACCGCAGGAUUCACAUUUCAUCUCCAGUUUUAACCCGAGAUGUGGAUUCCAGCGGAGACAUGGAUCCUCAGAUUAAACUGAUGGAUGACAGCUAUACGAGGUUUUGGUUGAACCUUUCCUCCUUGUCUGUUCUCGACUCCUGUAGCAUGAAAAGUUCUCUAGAGCUACCAGAGAUGCCCUUACAGUCACUGUUUCACAACUCAGCGUCUUAUAAAAUAGAGCUCCAGCCAACUUUGGGAUCUCUGCUUGGCUGUGUGUCCAUGGAUGAAAGUGGUGCAGAUUGUCCAUUGCUUCAUGACGACUCCAGUUUCAAAGAAAGAAUGGCGGCUGAAGAGCAGUCCAGGAACGUUUCAAAAGAUCAUCAGAACUUAACGCAAACUUUGUCACCUCUGCAGUACUUCCAAAGAGAAAGUGAAUCUCUUUGUUCACCAAGAUCAAGCGGAAUCAGGAACAGCAACCUGAGCGAUGCUUUAACACCAGUGUGGCACUCGGCAUCUCACGGUGCAGUGAAGGAGGAAGUAGACGCUCGGAGAAUGCGACUCGCUUCUCAACACCGUGUAUUAGCAACUCGCACAGACCGAGCGAAAUUGAGGCUCCAUGCACUGCUGGGUGAAAACGCCCUGCAGAACUUCAACAAGCAACUAGAAGAAAUAAGGAGGAAAUUCUCACCUACGUCAGCCAAAACCGAACCUGAUCCACUCAGUCCUGCAGAAAACAAAUGUGAUAAUGCUUUAGAGGCUCAUGAGGAAGUCGACUGUCAUCCUGAUCAUUCUUCAGGGCAGAAAUCCUCUAAGUUUAGUGGUCCAGAAAUGCAGCAGGGAAGCGGCGUCUUUAGCAGUUCCUCUGAAGACUCCUUGGUGGAGAAAAGCUCUGAGAGUGUGCAGCUUAUCAGAGGUGUACAGAGUUUCGUACAGUGUGGACAGGCAGUACUUCGCGAGGCACAGCAGGCUUUGGACUCAGAUGCUACAGAAAGCAGCUCAGAUGAUGAGUGGGAAGAAGGGACCAGAGAAAAGAGACCCAGCUCAGGCUGUCUGGGAUGCGAGUGGAGGUUUCAGUGUGAGAGAGUGAAGCUGGCGAGUCAGUGGACGUGGCUGAAACUCAGGCUGUCCGAGCUGGAUUUGCAGAUUCAGCAAGUUUCACAGCUCCAUCAGCACCUGCUCGCCAACAAGGGAGGUGUAGUUUUGGCCGAGGCUCAGCCGCUGACGGACCUACAGAUCCAGCAGACUCUGCUGACUGAGACGGCUGGUUUGACGUUAACAGCGGGACACACACAUGAUCUCAACUCCGAGCUCGACACGGAGCCUAGCAGCCCCACACGCCUCCUCCGAAACAUCGAGAGACAGAGUGCCCAGCUGAGUCAGAUAGUGAACAGUCUGAUGGCUCCGCUGAGUGACUCGCCCUCACGCUUUCCUGUAGCUAAAGGAGACAGCAGGUGCUGGAGAGGCUCAAGAAAAAGACCCUUUAACAGCCGUGGGAAAGAUGUGUUCCUGCACACCGGCUCCACAUUUAUAGGCAAGACAGAUCAGAAGAAGAGGCGUGUGUGUCGCCGAGGUCAGCUCCUGUCUCAGGUGGACGUCACUCGUGUGUGUGCACGGACUCGCCCUUUGCUGACUUAUCACAAGCCCCGGCUCUUCAUCAUGGAUCAAUCGCCAGUCACACAGCAGGGAGCAGACUUCUCAGCCUCCCGGUGCUCAAGCUCUGUUUCCUGUGAUCCCAUGAGUGUGUGUUCAGACCCAGUUUACUCCAACAAGAGCUCAGUGUCCCACUGCGUCCAUACGGCUUUCUUCAAAAAGGACUGGCUCCAUCAGUCUCGACCCAUCGUUCUGUCACCCAGCUUCACCACUGCAGAGAAACAUGAAUCCUCCAUAUUCAAUUGCACACAUGAGCUCCAUGCUGCACAGACGCAUAGCGAAGCAACACCGACUCAGGAGACGCCCACACAGACCUGCAGGCGGACAGUGAAGAGACGACGCCAGCGCCGGACAGAUGUCGACAUGUGUGUGCCCCAGUCUGGCAUGUUUUCUCCCAGUGCUGAGGACAGUACAGAGGAUUUGCUCACACCCCACCGCACAAACCUACACCAGAGAAAGUCACAGUUUCCAAUACGCAGGAGAAACGGUGAAAGCGUCUACAACAUAAACAACAUAGUCGUCCCGAUGUCUCUGGCCGCCUCUACCACAGUGGAGAAGCUGCAGUAUAAGGACAUUCCCACACCCAGCUGGAGGGUAGUGGAGCUUUCGCCGCUUGUAAAGAAAGAGGUGGAGGAGGAUAUCGAUAAGGUGGAGUCGCUAUCAGAUGAGGUGUUUAUUCAGCGACACCAGAGCUACGAGCGCAGCGAGAAACUCUGUUGGAGAUCCUGGGAAAAGGGCAGGAGAUGCACACAUAGGACUAGGUUUUCCAGCAGUACGGACGUAUCAUCUGAUUGUGAACCAGUGUCAUGGACGUGCAGCACACCUACAGACGCAACACAGGACAACAUGGAGGAAAGAGAGCCUCAGCCGCCCUGGGAGAGACGCGUGUUCCCGCUGUCUAAGACUGACGAGGAGACUCUGAGAUGUGACGAAGUCGCACUUAAGACAGAGGAUGUUCUCUGGCCAAAGAUCGAGGAGAUGGAGUCCAGUUUGUCAGACAGCAGCUGUAAGAACAGCGUCUCUUCCCUCUGUAAUGCUCACACACCUCCCUCUGCUGGAAACACACAGAACAACAAGUGCAAAGUGACUUCAACACCGACUCACACUGACAUCCUCUCACCUGUGCACUACAGGAGCAGAGGGCUACGGAGCAGGAAGUGACAUCACGCUGAUAAAUCAGACUUUGGCCCUUUUGUGAUGCAGCUGAUGCGAAAUCAGUAAAGGUAUCUUAAAAACAUUAUUGAGCCAGGGAGCUCAUACACACACACACACACACGCACACACACACACACACACACACACACACACUCUCAUGUCUUGUGAAUGUUGCUGAAUGUGAGUCCGACUCUUUCUCUGACUCUCAGGGACACGGUGCAUGUAAAGAUGCGAGCUCUUGAGUGUUAAAUGUGCACUUCACCCAGUUCACUUGCUGGAGGAUAAAAAGAUCCAGGCUUCGCUCACUCGCUUCACCUCUUCAGCUUUAUCUCUAUGGCAACACAACCGUCUCCGUCCUGCUUGUGUGAGGGAAGUUUUGAUGGAGUUUGAGCUUUAGAGGUUUUUCAGGAACACCUUUGAGAAAUCCCAGGAAGACGACAGAGACGUCCAGCACAUCAGAAGGUGUGAAGAAAAGAAUAGACACCAAUCUCAUAAAAACGAACAUGAUACAUACACCAUUUUCUCUCUCACUCCUAAUGUAAUCCUUACAUCUGAGCUUAUCUCACACACUCUCCUUAACAUACACCAGUAACACACCCUGUUCAUAAAACAACAAGUCCUUAUAUCACAGCACUCUUGAAUUCUCACGCCUGAUUGGUUAGAAGAUAUUGAUGAAUUUUCUGACAGUAAUUCAAAUCACAGGUUUAUAUUCAUGCUCUUAUUUUAAUACAUCAUCGUUCCUAUAGUAACAGCUCAUUUACAGUGACUUGUAAAGCAGACACGACAUAAACGGAUUAAAUACUUAGUUAUAUGGUGAAGAUAUGGUGAAGUUUUCCAUAAGGAGAUGUUUGUUUAAAAAUUGCGGACAGAGUCUCCAUGUUUAAGUUAACUUUUCCAACUUCAAGACAGAGGAGUUUAUGCUUUAUAAAUUUUUUUUCUUAAUAACUUUUUGAGAGAAAAAAAGAGAGGAAUUUGAGGGAAUGACUGUUUAUAGCUCCUAUAACAUAAGUGAGAACAAGGAAUAAUUGUUUUGUGCAUGUUCCACAACUAUCUAUCUAUCUAUCUAUCUAUCUAUCUAUCUAACUAUCUAUCUAUCUAUCUAUCUAUAUACAUAUACACAUAUACAGUACUGUGCAAAAGUCUUAGGCACAUGCAAAGAAAUGCUGUAGAGCAAAGAUGCCUUCAAAAAUAAUGAAAUUAAAUGUUUCUACAUUAAAAAAAAUACUAUAAAGAGCAGUAAACAGUAAUAAAUGAAACAAAGUCAAUAUUUGGUGUGACGAUCCUCCGCUUUAAAAAAUAUAUAUAUAGUAGUCUCAGGUGCAGUGUGUGCAGUUUUAUAAGGAAAUGAGCUGGAAGUGUUACUGAGCGUCUUGCAGAAGCAGCCACAGUUCUUCUGGAGACUUUGACUGUCGACUCGCUUCUUAUUUCUGCAGCGAAACUCAGCAGCCUUCAUUAUGUUUUUAUCUGAAAAGUGUCUCUUAUGGAAUCUGCUGCUUUCUUUACUGACAUACAAACAUUUUUCUGUAACAUUUCAUUUUGUGCUGGAAAACUAAUGUUUGGAAAUCUAAAAUGUUUUUGUACUGAAUCAAUAAUGUAGAAGUCAGAAAAUAAAAAUCUAUAACAAAGUUUGUACUAAAAAAA